AUGAAAACCGCUAAGUCCCCGAAGUCGCCAAAUAGCGAUGAUUCGCUCGACCAGAAAGAGGAUCCGUUAGAACGGCGGCGCCUUCAAAACCGUCUGUCCCAGAGAAAUCAUCGACGUAAAAUCAGGGAUCGCAUUGCCAAGCUACAGGAGCGUGUAAUUGCCAACGAGCUUAGGGCUGCCGCUGCUCUCAAUGGCUGGGGCCAUCCAUACGUACCUUCGCCUCUGCUUUCUUCACGCCAUAUACCCCCAAACUCUAGUUUCAACAUUGAUUCUCGACAUCCGUCCCCUUUGACCGCUGAGCCAUCCUCCCAAUUUACUCAGCCAUAUACACCAGCUCCGUGGUCUCGACAUAUGUCUUUUCCUGCAACCUCGGGACUCCAGGGAGAUCAGACAUGCUUCCCUGAUGGAGGGCUUUCUACUGAGUCAAUGUGCUCGGUACCUUCAGCGCCAAACUGGGUGGAAAACGCCGGUAUAGAGCCAUCUGAGCGCAGCAGCGAAGAGAAUUUUCAUGAUGUAUUCGACACGGGGAACUCUCUUCCAAGCGAGCAAGCUAACAAUCAAAACCAGCCUCUAUACUAUGUUGCUACUGAAACAGCAUUACCGCAGAUCCUCCAAGUGCUUAGCACCAUAUCACCACAAUCCAAGAUUAUCGUUCUUGUUCCUCCAGACUCAGCCUUCGCAGCCACAGCCGGAUAUCCUUCACCUGCGCCAACACUACUAGGAAAUGGGAUGGAACCACUAUCACCACUGCAGAUGAAUGCAUCACUGGGAUGUCAGUGCCAAAUGCAGAGUUCAACUGCAUCUUCCACAGCGCAGAUGUCAUCUGGGCCGUGGACGGUUCCGGGUACCUACACGCCGAGAUAUCCACCACACAAGAUGCAGAGUUCCCCCGGUGGAGGGCUUUCAGGGAUGAGGUUGUGA